AAUCAAACUAAUGCAAGAUAAAUAAAAAGUUCUUUGUUUUCAUGGAUUUGGUACAAAUUCAGAUAUUUUAUCUUAUUAAUUAAGAUAGUUUAAGAAGGAAUUUAAAGAUAUUGAAUUUAUAACACUAAAUGGGCCUAUUCCAUUAAAUAGGAAUGUAAAAUUUUCUAAAAUAAUUAGAUUAUUAUGGAUGAAAACUUAGCUAAGAUGCUGGAGAAUCAGAAUAUUUAUAGUUGGAUGAGCUUUCUUCAUAUGAAAAAUAAUGAUAUGAAUUCGAGUAUUUAAUAUUACUAAAUAAAGUUUAUUCACCAGCUUUUGAAGAAGUUGUGAAAAUAUUGAAGGAAUAAGGACCUUUCUUUGGAGUAAUGGGAUUUUCAUAAGGAUCUUCUAUCGCUGUUCGACUUGCAUCAAAAAUUGCAGCUGGAGAAGUAGAUUUGGGAUACAAUCUUUAAUGCUUCAUUUUUGUUUCAGCUCAAGUUAACCCUUUUGGUGAUAUUGAUUCUAAGUCUUAUUUAUGUAGAGUUCCUUCUAUUCAUUUGAUAGGAAUGAAUGAUUUUUUAGUCGAUAGGUAUAUUUAAUUAGAUUAUAGAUCUUUAGGCUUAGUUGCGUAAUUUUUAAAUCCUUAUGUAAUCUAUCACCAUCAAGGUCAUAAAGUUCCAACUCUUACAUAUGAAUAAAUUAAAGAUUUAAAGAAAUUUUUUCAAAAUCCAACAUAAGAUUGGACAAAAACUGUUUAUGUUCCUUAAUUAUCUAAAUUAUGAAUUACAUAGAAGGGUU